AUCCCUGAUUCUUUUUAGGGUCUUCGUCGCAGAAGCUCGAGAUUUAUCCCACCUGGACUAAUACGGUCCUCGUCGGGGGGCCAAAAAAUGGACUUUCUCAAAUCGGCCGUGGCUUCGGCCAUUUCCAAAGGACCUCCAUUCCCCUAUACCUUCGGCGACAGAGUUGAUGUGGACAGGUCCAUCUGGAGUCUCUACAACGGGACCAAGAAGGUACUUGCCAUCGCUUGGGGAGCUAUGGUCUUGGGCUGAAAUAAUACAGGAAGACGGCUCAAAUUGUAGUAUCUUUUCCUUCGAGAUCAAUGAUUCUACCAGGAGCAGGUUACCGCUAGCUAGAAAUGCGCUUCGCAAGCUACGCACACUGCGACACCCGGGGGUGGUCAGGAUUAUAGACUCGGUGGAGACGGAUGCCUACAUACAUAUCGCUACGGAGAGGGUGACACCCUUGAGCUGGUAUAUUCGGAGGGAAGCUUUGAAUACAGAGACGAUCAAGUGGGGGCUUCACAGUACCGCCGUGUGUCCCCUUUCAUUUGGUGAUGGCUAUUAAUGAAUACGUGUGUUCAGCCCUGACUCGUGGAGGCGCUAGAUAACCUUGAAAUUUAUUAAUGAGGAGGCUGCAUCCAUCCAUGGAAAUAUCCGAGCCUCCUCAAUAUACACUGCGGAGAGUGGUGAAUGGAAGCUUGCUGGGUUUGAAGUUCUUAGCUCCAUGAAAGAUGACGACCCGGUUACAUAUGUGCGCUUAAACUCCACUGCAUCGCAGGGAUCACAUCACAUUGUUGACAGCUCUGAUAGAAAUUUGGUGGCUUAUUGCCGGAUUCUGGGAGAUACGCUGCGCCAGAGGUAGUGAAGGGUGGUUGGGAUGCUCUUAGAAAGUGGGCCGCAUUUCCUAUGGGACCCAGAUCCGAUAGCUAACCUGUACCUCUCGUAGCCAGCCAAUACACGCCGCAGAUUCUUGGAACUUUGGAACUUUGAUAUACGAGGUCUUUAACGCUGGGGCUUUCACCAAUAGUGAGCAACUGGCGCAGGCGAAGAGGAUAGCGCCGAAUAUGGUGCCAUCAUAUAAACGCCUUAUACAGCAAAACCCAAAGACCAGGCUGUCAGUGGCUCACUUCCUAGACCAAGGAAGCCGAAGUAGAGCAUUUUUUGAUACACCACUCAUCCAUGUUGCACAGUUUGUGGAGAAUAUGGGCGUCAAGAAUCAGAAGGAACGAGAAGAAUUCCUGCGCGAGCUCGAGGAGACUGGAGACCAGUUUCCGGAAGACUUCUUCAAAGCCAAGAUAUUGCCGGAAUUGCUGAAGAGUGUGGAGUUUGGAGGGGGUAGGUUUUGUCCUGCGUUUUGGCGAUCAAAGUGCAGGGUUGACGGGUUAUGUAGGCGGACCAAAGGUUUUCUCGGUGGUUUUGAAAAUCGGAGAGAAGCUUUCCGACGAGGAAUGGGAAUCCAACAUUACACCCUGCAUUGCCAGGCUAUUCUCUAUCCCGGACCGAGCAACUAGAGUGUUUUUGUUGGAUAAUCUGCCGAAGAUGAUCGGUCAUCUUUCAAACAAGGUUGUUAACGACAAGGUAUUCCCCGAGAUGUUGACCGGGUUUUCAGACGUUGCACCGAUAGUGCGAGAACAAACCGUCAAAGCUGUGCUGGUGAUUGUCCCGAAGGUAAAGUGAACUCCUCGGUUGUUUCCAUGUUUUGCGGGCUGACCAGGAUCCGGGCAGCUUUCGGAUCGUAAUGUCAACGGCGAUCUUUUAAAAUAUCUCGCCAAGACUCAAAACGACGAACAACCGGGGAUCAGGACAAAUACCACAAUUUGCUUGGGUAAAAUUGCGAGGAAUCUCGGUCCUAAUGUGAGAAAUUUUCAACUGCCGCACGCCAUCUGGAAGGGUGCUGAUGUUUCGUUGAAUAGACCCGCCAGAAGGUUUUGACUGCCGCAUUUACUAGAGCCCUCAGGGACCCGUUUGUGCAUGCUCGGAAUGCAGCGUUGCUGGCAUUGGCCGCAACUGCGGACGUAUUUGACGAAAAUGAUUGUGCUGCGCGAUUGCUUCCGGCAAUCACACCUUCCUUAGUGGAUAAAGAAAAGUGAGUGCUAGGAUGCGACUGACACUCUCUCUCAUGAGACAAAUUGCUGAAUGACUUUCUUACUGUAAUUAGGCUCGUCCGCGCUCAAGCCAAUAAAACUCUCGAGGUGUUUCUUCAGAGGAUCAAGGCUCUCACAGCAAACUACCCAGACACGGCCAUGCCCAACCCAGCUGCAACCGAUUCUGGGGCUGCGGCUCCUCGCAUGGGAACUGCCCAAACGGACGAAUCCUCCUGGGCUGGCUGGGCAAUCAGCAGCUUCACAAAAAAACUCAGCGCCGCUAGUGGAGAAAUCGAGAGAGCAGCCUCCCCGGGCGGACUAGGCAGCGAACCUCGACCCGCCUCGGCACCUAUCGCGGCCGCACAAACCCGACCCGGCCUAUCCGCAGAAGUAAGAACUACCUCCACCCUGGCACUACAGAGAAAAGCCCUCUCGCCAACAACGCCAGCUCGCACCAACUUCCUCGGUGAUGAAGACAACGAAGACAACGACCCUGACGCCUGGGGUGACCUAGAUGAAGAUAAAUUCUUUGACGCACUGGACUCGUCGGGUAGCACUAAAUCCAAGCCAACAAACACCGAGUCGUUUAGUGAAUGGGGAGAGCCGGAUAUCGCCUCUAUGGCCAAUAAAUCUAAGAACCCACUUCCUAAGGGCCUUACCAGGAAGCCUACAGCACCGCGGAUAGGCGUUGUGAACGCCCCUUCGAAUGUGAAGGGCAGUGUCGCGGCGGCGAGGAAGCCCCUGAAUAAGUCGAUGGGUAUGAAACCCAUUGUUGCUGGAACGAAAACUACUCCCGCGCCCGUGGCCAAGGUGGAGGUGAAGGCGGAUGCCUGGGAUGACGAUGCAGAUGGGUGGGGUGACGGGUGGGACAUUUGAUUAUUAUUUUUGAUUUGAACGUGUUGGUAAUUGUACAGUGGUAGGUCAGUCUGGCAGUGGUAAUGGAUAGAUAGAGGGGGGGGUUCACACAAAAGAAAAGAGAGAGAAUAUGAUUUGCUUGUGAUUUUCUUGGAUUCUAUAAAUGUUGAGGUGUGUCAGUGCCUUGGGAGUAAGGGGUUUUUGAUAAUGGUUCUGUAACGGAAAAAAAAAAAGUUGGUUCUUGUGCUUU